CCUCGGGUAAAAGCUGCAGAGCAGCAGCAGCAGCAGCAGGCGCUGCCGUGGGGCCUGCUGCUGCCUAGUGGGGGAGGCGGCUCCGAGCCCAUUACCUACGCCCUCUACUUAAGGGACCCAGAGAAGGAAGCAGCAGCAGCAGCAGCAGCAACUGCAGCAGCAGCAUCCACGGAGCCACCAGCAGCAGAGGUGGCCUACGACUUCAGGCGAGACUAUUUGUGGCAGGCCCCUUCCUCAGGGUCCAGCGGAGCUUCUGAAAGGGCCGUGCUGCUGCUGGUCCCCCCCGAAGGUGCUGCUGAUGUUUGUUUGCUGCUGCCACUUGUGGGGCCCCGGCGGGUGCUGCUGAAGGCUGGCAGCAGCAGCAAAAGAGCAGGAGUUUUGGCCAGCAGCAAACAGAAAGAAGACGCAGCUCAAGAAGGCGCAGCAGCAACAGACGAGGACGAUGCAGAUGGGGGUUCCGAGAAGCCUCCUAGUGCUGCUGCUGAGGCGCCAGACGCAGCUGCUGCUGCAGCGAAAGAAAACAAAGCCGAGCUGUUUAGCGACGGGGGAGAAGGCGAGGCCGCAGAAGCAACGGGUAGCAGCAGCAGCAGCAGCAGCAGCAGCAGCAGCAGCGAAGAUGAAGCCUCCUCCAACUCAUCCUAG